GAUUUUUCUUUUAAAAUUAAUUUAUAAUUAGAAAACUUGAAUACACUAUUUGCUAAUUUUCACUACCACAAUAACUGUUGUGACGCAGUAAAAAAAAAAAAUAUGAGCCACACAAAAUGGCGAAUCGUAACGUUACCUAGUGACAAGUUGGAUAACUAAUUUUAAUUAAUUGUUUUUUUUGGUUGGUAAUAUAUCAACAUUUUAAUUUUUUAAGCGGGAAAAAUUUACUGUCAACGUCAAACAGUUUGUUAGUAAAUAAACUGAUAAACAUCAAACCGGAUAAUAUUAUUGUUUGUUAUUGUUGAUAUAAUAAUCAAUAAAAGCAUUGAUUUAAAUUUUUAAAUAUGUCUGAAGUAAAUAAAGAAAUGGAAGAACUGGCUGCUGAACUUGGUCCAUUUUCAUUAGAAGACACAUACGAUGAACUCAAAGAAAUGGAAAAAAAUUUACGUGAAGAAUUAAAUCAAUUGAUAAAAGAGGUAACAAAUAAUAAAGUUGAAACAUUUACAUCAACAAUAACACCAGAAGAAAUUGAUGUUAAAAAACGUAGAUAUCUUCAAGCACUGAUUGAAAAUAUAAAUGGAUAUGACAUUGACAUUCAACCAACACCAGGAACACCAGAUAUGUACGAGAAGACAAUUGCUGAUUUACAUCAAGAUGUCAAAAAUGCUGAACAAUUGCUGGAAAAUCAAGCAGCUGAAAUGGCUGAAUUAAAGAGCAACAUUGCAGCUUUAGAGAUGAAAAAAGAGGGCUUGUUGCGAAUGGAAGAAGCCUGUUUGAAUCAAAUCGAGGAAGUUUCUAAUUCGACAUAUACAGCUGAAGUUUCUUUUGUACAAAAAUUAUUUUCAUCAGUAAAAAAAGACUUGAAAGCAGUUGUUGAUAAAGUGUUUCCAAGUUCUCCAGAAUUUCAAGAAUUUCUCGGUGAAUUAACAUCAGCAUAUCACAAUGGUGGUGAUGAAAUUUACAUAAACAUACCUCCAGAACUAGCAAUUUGUGCUCAUUUUCUUGCUGAAGCUGAUAUUGGAAGUUAUCAUCGUGAUGACAGAACCAAAAUGCGUUUACAGGAUCUUCUCUAA